AUGGGUGGACUUCGUGUGGGAAAGGCAAACGCCCUUGUGCCCGAUGCUUCAGCAGAACAUCCCCUUGUGCUAAGUGACCCCGAACAACAACCAUUGUGCGUUCCCGAUGCCUAUCUCGAGGCCUCAGCACCCUUUAAUGUCAUGCAAGGCUACGAAGCGUAUGUGCUAGCCAAUAGCAUAAAGAAUCCUCGUAAAAUUGCCAUUGACCGAUCGAACCACAUUCUUGUUGUGGCUGGAGGCGAAGGCGUGUACAGUAUUCGUAUGGACAAAUGCGGCAAUACCGAUAUCAAGAAAAUCCUCGGCAACGAGUUGGAUCAACCUGUAGCUCACGGUCUGGCUCUCUUUGGUCAUUCGGUGUACGUGGCUACGGCCAACUCGGUCUAUCAAUUUGCUUACAGUGAUGGCCAGCAUUCAGAACUUAAGAAUGGUGUUAAAGUAUUGACCAAUAUCAAUCCUUCGAAUCCAAAUGCGCAACCAGACGUGGCCAUUGAUCCUUUCGGUCAUGCUUACGUGCCGCGUUCGGCCGUGGGCUUGCAAAGCGACGUGGAUCCCCGCCAAGCAAUCAUCAAGAAAUUUAAUUUCCGGGCGGUGCCAGAAGGCGGCUAUGAUUUCGAGACGGAUGGCCAAAUUCAUGCUUUCGGUACCAAUUCCGUCGGAUCCAUGGCAUUCGAUGCUCAGGCUCGCCUGUGGGGCAUUGACGCUCCUUUUGAAUCAUUCCAAAGAGCCGAUAUUGGAGGAGAUGUUUCACAGACUGGGUUGGCCGAAGAAGUCAAUCUGUAUGAAUUCCCGCAACACAACUAUGGCUACCCUUACUGCUUUACCGAGUACAAUAUGGAAUCGUACACACCACGAUUCAAAGGCUUGGGCGCUCAAUGGGCACAUCCUGCGUUUAUGAAUGACUCGGUGGAUAUGGAUAGCUAUUGCCAGCAGGAAGAACGAAAUCGUCGACCGGCCGUUCCGCUUGCACCUGGCGUCCACGCUCACAGCAUCUACUUUUAUAUGGGCACUUUCUGCUCCGUCGGUGAUUUGGAAACGUUGGCCACCUCAGUCGGUCUUCCAUGCAACUGGACAGAUACACCUAUUGUCGCCUACCAUGGUGUAAGCGGACAAUCCCAAGGCCAUAGUGUCGUCCAUUUGCCUUUUGACGAUCUGGGUCACGUCUCACGAUGGGACAAGCCCGAAGAAGUCAUCUUCGCCGCCGCCUCCCCUUGCACCGGUGCAGGAUGUAUCAGUCCCAUCGAUAUCGCCGUCGAUGGUUACGGUCGCUUAAUUAUCAGCAGCGACGAGUCCAACGAAAUUUUCCUGGUUCACCGUAUCUAUAACGAACUAGCCGCUCAAAUGCUCACAGACAAGGACAACAAAAAGGAAGCCCUUAAAGAAGCCGCCGAAGAAGCGCUUGAAGGAGAUGAUAACUAA